AAGAUGACUCUCUACGUGCGGCGUUUCCUGCUGGCCCUGCUCCUUCUGGGAGCUAACGUGUUCAUCAGCAGCCAUGCUCAAGAGGCGGGAGUGUCUGAGGCAUGGACCAGCAGGUCUUGCAAAUGUGACUGUGAAGGAGGAGAGUCCCCGACUGAGAUGUCCUCUAUCGGGACCGGCUCCUCCAUGGUGAGAGGAGUGGACUGCAUGCCAGAGUGUCCGUACCACAAGCCGCUGGGCUUUGAGGCCGGAUCGGUGAGUCCAGACCAGAUCACCUGCUCCAACCAGGACCAGUACACCGGCUGGUUCUCCUCGUGGCUCCCGAGCAAGGCUCGGCUCAACAGCCAGGGCUUCGGGUGUGCCUGGUUAUCUAAGUUCCAGGACAACAAUCAGUGGGUGCAGAUCGACCUGAAGGAGGUGAUGGUGGUGUCUGGGAUACUCACUCAGGGCCGCUGUGAUGCGGAGGAGUGGAUCACCAAAUACAGCAUUCAGUACCGCACAGAUGAAAAACUCAACUGGAUCUAUUACAAAGACCAGACUGGAAACAACAGGGUGUUUUAUGGAAACUCUGACCGCUCCUCAUCUGUGCAGAACCUCCUGCGGCCACCCAUCGUGGCACGCUACAUCCGCAUCCUACCCCUCGGAUGGCACACACGCAUCGCUCUACGCCUGGAGCUGCUGCUCUGCAUGAACAAAUGCAUCUGAACCUUUCCUCCCCUGCUGUCCCUGAGGCAUU